CUUUCGUGCUCUACCGCUUCCUGCGAGUGCUUUACAACAACAGAGCACAGUCGAGGCUUCUUUAUCAGUUAAAUGUCCCUCGCCUGUAAUGCAGGCUUAAUUUUAGGUACCGAGUACAUUUGAUUAGGCGCGCGUCAUCUAAGGUGCAGAAAACAUGGGAGGCUUGGGGAGAGAGAAAAAAGAACUUCCUGGAGAGCAGGAGUGAAGCAGAGUGAGGACUAACCCUCUACGUUUUGCCACUUCAAGAUGGCCGCCGGGAUAUGCAAACAAAUUAUCUAUAACCAUCGUUUACUUAAUCGAUCAUCAAUUUUCAUUGAUAAAUUGCACCGGGAAAAACAAGAAGAAAAUCUUAAAAAGAUGAAAAAAAUCGAUCCUUAUGUCAUGUAGCUAGGCGAUGACUGAAAUAAUUUUUAAUUUCAGACAACCACUUUCCAAACAUUAUCCGAACCAUUGUAGAUUAUUCUUCAAUUCACUGUUAAACUGAGCAAUUUUAAGAUCUCCAGCUACAAAGAUCUACAACUUUCUGGUAAAGUGACGAAGUGAUAACGGUCGAGAAAGUUAUGUCGAGAAUUAAAUUCUUCGAAGACGCACACGAAGAUUUUUCCACUGUGAUUAACUAAGUCUUGAGAUCUAAGUCUUGCAAGGUAGGUAUGCAGGCUGGUAAGCGGAAAGUCGUGUGAUACAGCAAGGUAUAAAAACCUCCUGGUAGAAAGAUCAUUAUCAUACCACUUUUCACCAAACAACCUCAGUUUCUUCUUCGGAAAACCCUCUCGCUAAGUUUUCCGAGGUAGAUAUGAUGUUUUGUAGUUAAAAAUUGUGUGAUACGGCUGGGCAUAAAAACCGUACUGGAAAAAAUUGCUUAUCGUACACUUAUCAUGAAACAACUUCAAUUUCUCCCUUGGAUAAACUUCCCGCUAAGUGUAGAUAAAACCAAAAAACUUCAACUGCAUUUACAUGAUUAAAUUCUGAUCAGGAAAUCCUUUUUAACCAAAAAAAAAAUAGGAAAAGCGGCCCACUUCAAACAAAUUUGAAGUGAUUGUUCUGCUAAGCUUUUGAUCGAUCCCCGAAACAAUUAGGCUUCGCUUAAAAUACAUUUGCCAGGAAGACGAUGAGCUAGCUGGCAAGGGAAAUCACUUAAGGAAAUUUGAACUGUUAAGUGAUCGAUAAGCCUUUGCUUUGUCCUAGUCGGCUUUGACGAGUAGAUCGAAGCAGUUAAUUUUCUAAUCACCCCAUUUCUUUUACAAUACAAUGACUGAUUUCACUUUAUUAUUUAUGUGCAUUUCCUAUAUGUGGUUUUCCCAUUCGCAAUUCUCGAUUUGAACACCUCAGAUUCAAUCAUGUUGUUAUCAUUAGCGGAAGAUGGCUUGGAUUGUUUAUUUAUUGAAAAGAAUUUCGCACACUUACUCCGUUCUCUUUUACAGCACUCGAUUGACAUUAGUCCCGUUUAUAACGUUGCUAAAAGCCGACACUACAGCCUAGGAGAUUUCGCACGGGUGUUAAUUCCAGAUGAAAAAUCUUCUUCUAAAGUAAAAUUGGAUUCUAUUUUUCUGAAAUUCUCUUGCAGGCAUUCUAUUCAGUUAAUUGGGGUUUUCGGAAUAGGUUGCGUUUUUUAGCGCUUAUAAAAGAGGAAAAACCAAUGUUACUCCGGCGUUUACUGAAAAAAUCAAGGCUUAUCAAUUGUAAUUAGUAAAAGCCUUCCAAUCGAUCGUAAUUGUUACUAUUUCCCCGACAAAAUUCUCUUCCUCUUUAAAAGGUGGCUUGAGAACACUUCCGGCUAGAAGAUAUUAAACGUAGACUGCAAUGAGUUCAGUUCAACAGUCUUGUAAGCUACUCGGCUCGCUUGCGGCGUAGAGAUAGAAAACAAAACAAACAAACAAAAAGAAAAACAGUGGAAAUAUUUUCGGUGUUUUUCUGUAAGAAUAACACUCAAAACACCUCAGUGCACUUUGAGAUUUAAGCCCGACAGAAAUGAACUUCUCAUCUCACUCACCCAGUUGCAACUUACCUUUAGGUGACGGUGUCUUUGUCCCUGAAUGGCGUCCAAACUUUCUUACCAGCAAAAUAUCUGUUGCUCUGAUAUUGGUAACAAUCGUCAAUCUGCUCGUGUCUCCAUUAACGAUAUUCCUCAACGUCUUGGUCAUAAUUGCCGUCAAGACUACACCUCAGCUGAGAAACAAAUACAACUCUUUGCUGGCCUGUUUGGCAGGAACCGACAUUAUGACUGGUGCAUUGGGACAACCACUGUUUAUUGCUGAACUAAUCUACCGUCUCACUGGCAGGCCCGCAUCAGAGUUUUGUAUUAUUCCACACGCUGCAAGACGCUUAAGUCGAGCUUUCGUUUUGAUUUCACUACAACAUUUGGCGUUUAUAAGCAUCGAGAGGUAUAUAUCGAUAAAAUUUCCUUUUAAAUACGAUAAUAUUGUCACCAAACGUAGAUUAAUUGUCAGUGUUGUUUUAGCGUGGUCGCUGGUUUUCCUCGCAAUUUUGUUUCCCUUUUACAAGCUUUCCGUUUUAAACAGCCUUUAUCAUGUGUUCGCUAUAUUCCUGGCCAUUUUUAUUCUUGUUUUUUGUCGCAUUGCUAGUUAUCACGAAGCUCGUAAGCGGAUGAGAGAAAUUACGACUCAGUCUGCCAGGGCGAAGUUUUUAAAGGCGAAGAAAGCUUUAAAGACUACAUCAUUUGUCAUUGGAUUAGUUUUGUUGUGUUAUUUACCCAUGGCAUUAUUUAGAAUUUUUCUAGGAUCUUUUAUUAGUUCACCUGAUGCGUUUUUAGCUGUAGAGUCUUUGAUGUUAACGUUUGCGCUCUGCAAUUCAGGUUUUAAUCCCGUGAUUUACUGCGCCAGAAGCAGACAAUAUCGACGAGCUUUCAAGAAACGUUUGUGCAGAGCAAACUAUGUACAACCCAUUUAA